AUGCCUCUAGCUCCCAAAAAGAAUAUUAAAAUGGACUUAGGUUCGUUUUUGGCGGACGACUCUCUCGGAGGUGGAUCGUGGGCCGAUGAAGAAGUCGAUUUUGGUUCCAUCGGAGUACCAACUGCUUCGGCUCCUUCCGAAAGACGUGCGUUCUCAGGCUCCAAUGACUACAGCGGUCAGAGCGCCCGCCAGGCGUUUGAAGACCAGAGACCAGAGAGAAAAGAGUUCCCCAUUCCAGAUCAACCCCCAUAUAGAGCAAGAAUUGGAAACUUGCCAUGGGACAUUGUUGAGGAAGACGUCCAGCAGUUUUUCGAGAAGAGAAUGCAGAUGACCGACGUUGUUAGCGACGUCAAGUUGCCCGCCGACCCCAACGGAAGAUUGAAAGGGUUUGGAUUUGUGACUUUCAGUGAACGAGACAUUUUGGAAGAAGCUUUGCAAUUGACUUUAUCUGACUUCAACGGAAGAAAAAUCUUUGUCAACGUUGCCGCACCUCAAAAGAGUGGUUUUGACAUGGACUGGAGAGGUGGAAGAUCGGGACCUUUAUCCGGUGGUAGAGACAGAGAAGACCAACCUGAAUUGGAUUGGGGUGCCGCCAGAAACGAGCAGAGCGUUUUACCUCCGAGAGAAAGAAGCGACAGAGGUGACAGAGGUGACAGAGAAGAAAGAAGACCAAGGAGAGCGGACGCCGAGUUCGACUGGAACUCUGCCAGAACCGAGCAGACCGAGUUACCUCCUAGAGAAAGAAGAGAGAGAAGAGAAAGAAAGCCAGACGCUGAAUUCGACUGGAGUGCCGCCAGAUCAGAACAAGUUACUCUCCCCCCAAGAGAAAGAGUCGAGAGAGGUGAAAGAAGUAUCAGAAGACCAAGAAAGCCCGAUGCCGACUUUGACUGGGGUGCUGCUAGAUCCGAACAGGUGGCUCUCCCUCCCAGAGAAAGAAGUAACAGAAAACCAAGAAAGCAAGACCCAGAGCUUGAUUGGGGUACCGCCAGAACUGAAAAGGCCGUGUUACCUCCACGAGCCGCCCGGACCCCCAAGAAAGAAGAGUCAAAGGAAGCGGGUUCCCCUGGUCCUCAGAAGUCUGCUUUUGAUGUUUUAGCAGAUGAGUCCGGUGAUGAAGAAGAAGCCAAGCCGGUCGCACCAGCUGAACCCAGCUUGGCCGAGCAGACCGCCAACUUAUCGAUUUCUAAUGAUGUCAAAGAAGAGGUUGAGGACGGUUGGGAGGUUGUCCGCAAGUGAUAGACUUCGGGUCCCAAUCCAAUUUAUGCAUAGGUUGUCUACCAUAAAUAGUGUACUUGUAAAAUAUAACUAUUCGGUUUAAA